CCCCCUCCCGGCCCGACCCUCUGCUUAUCGACAUCUUGCAUCGAAGCGUCGCGACUGCGCUGAACAGGUGCAAGACGCAUCGCGAGAUCACAACACAACUCCAGGAUGGCAGCCCCGGGAGCAGCAAGGCCCGAGGUGGGCGACAUUUUGUUGGUCAUUCAUGACUUCACUGCCCGAAGUUCCGAUGAAUUGACCCUGGCAAAGGGGGAUCGAGUCGAACUGGUCGAGAGGGAUGAUGAGUUUGGUGACGGCUGGUUUCUGGGGAAGCACUUGACCAACGGGAACAGCGGCCUCUUUCCAGAAGUCUAUACUCGCCCUGCGCCUAAGAACACUACCACCGCAAUUCCUUCGAAACCACCUGCUAAAGCCCCAGAACCACAAGCCACUCCAACACAACCUACCCCCGCAGCGGUCUCGUCCGAGCAAGCUCAGCCUUCGUCGUUACCGGCCCAGUCAAGCCCAACCCCGCCACCAUUGACAUCAGUCAGCGUGCCCAACGUCGCAGCCAUAAGUAACCCUCAGGCCACGUCUGGGAUCGGGCAUCCCGCCCUCCACGAGACACUAAACGUUAUUGACGAACAUAUCGACGACUUGCGUUUGGGCCCGGGCAAUGGUAGCUCGCGGACGAUUAACGACUCUGGGAGCGAAUACAGUUCACACAUAGGUCACAGGCUAUCCUACAUCCAGGGCGAGGAGACGGACGAAGAAGAAGAGGGCACUCAUUCUCGUCUCGAGGUGGAAUCCUGGAAUCCCGACCAGGUUGCCGAGUACCUCUUCACAUCGGGCGUCGAAAAGCACCACUGCGAGGUCUUCCGAGACCAGGAGAUCUCCGGAGAAGUGCUGCUGGGUAUGGACCAGACGUCGCUCUUCAUCAAGGCCUUUGAUCUUGGCUCUGUCGGGAGGCGCUUGAAGACCUGGCAAAAGAUCAAGUCUCUACAGGACGAAGUCAGUGGUCUCGUUGGGCGGAGGGGAACGCUGUCCUACGGCAGUGAAGCGGGCUCUGACGGCGGAGGAAGGAGAACAAGGAGUCGAAAUAAUACGGUUACUGGCUCGAUCGGCUCCAUCAGCAAGCUACCGCCUAUCGACGAUAGGCCUCUGUCGCAGCAGAAGCGCCGGUCCAUCGCAUCAACGCCCAAGCUCGACCCUACUGCCGUGCCCGGGUCUCCAGCGUCACAGAGGAUACUGGACAGCCCGACGAGACCCAAUCACGAGAAGCGACCGUCGGCUGCCUCUGUCCGCGACCUUCACCAUUCGAGGAGGCAUUCGUCUACCGAGUUUCGGAUUUCCAGCACAGCCAUUGGAAAUGUUGCCAGCUCUACCCCGAAGCUGAUGUCUAGCGGAACUUUUCCUCUGGCAGAGCAGGCUCAUAAGAAGCAACCCUCCUUUGACAGGAAUUGGACACUUGGGGGUGCUUCAGUUUCAAAUAGACCGGUCUCUGGCUCGAGGCCGCUCUCUGGUACUGGCUUCCUAGCAGCCGACGCCGAGCUGCAGGACUCGGCUGUCGAUCUCGACCGGGGCUACUUCUCCAGCACGGAGGGUGGAAAGCCCCGGAACGUACUGAAAAAACGUGAUAGUGUGGCUUCACACAGCCGCAAUACAAGUUACACAGAAGAGCAGAGGGUGAGGAGCGCAACUGCCAUGGCGCGGCACUC